AUCUGCAUCUGCGUGCGGAAGCGGCCCAUCGGCCGGCGGGAGGUCGCGGCGAACGACCACGACGCGGUGUCGUGCGUGCACCCGGCCGUCGUCGUCCACGACUGCCGCCACCGCGUCGACGGCAUCACCAAGUACCUGAACAACACGCAGUUCGCCUUCGACCACGCGUUCUCCGAGGCCGUCGAGACCGAGGAGGUCUACGCGUGCGUCGGCGCGCCGCUCGUCGACUUCGUCGUGUCGCGCCGGGGCCGCGCGACGAUCUUCGCCUACGGCCAGACGGGCUCGGGCAAGACCUACACGAUGGAGGGCAUCCAGGACCGCGCGGCCUACGCGGUCUUCACGGCGCUCGGGAACGCCGGCGGCGUCAACGUCGGCGUGUCGUUCUUCGAGAUCUACGGCGGCCGGUGCCAGGACCUGCUGCGGGACCGGGCGCGGCUCCAGGUCCGCGAGGACGGCAAGGGCGAGGUCAACGUCGUGGGCCUGUCCGAGGCCGCCGCGCCGUCGCCGGAGGCGCUGCUCGAGACGAUCCGCGAGGGCAACGAGCUCCGGACGAAGCAGCGGACGGAGAUGAACGACGCGUCGUCGCGGUCGCACGCGAUCUGCUCCAUCUGCCUCCGGGAAAAGGCGUCGGGCAAGCUGCUGGGCAAGCUGAGCCUCGUGGAUCUGGCGGGCAGCGAGCGCGGCCAGGACACGCGGAGCCACAACCGCCAGCUCCGGACGGAAUCCGCGGAGAUCAACAAGAGCCUGCUCGCGCUCAAGGAAUGCAUCCGGGGCCUGGCGACGCGCGACGCGCACGUGCCCUUCCGCGCGUCCAAGCUCACCAUGGUGCUCCGCGACUCCUUCGUGCGGCCGCACUGCCGCGUCGCCAUGAUCGCGACGGUGUCGCCGUCCGUGUCCGCGACGGACCACACGAUCAACACGCUCCGCUACGCGGACCGCGUCAAGGAGAAGCAGCCCCACGCCGUCCAGCCGCUGUCGGAGCGCAACGCGGCGGCCGAGGCCAACGAGCGCCGCGGCGGCGCCAAGGACGACCGGCCGCCGUCCGCGCGCGCGCCCGGCGCCGACGCCGCGCGCGACCGGCGCCGGUCCUCCGCUCCCCGCACGGUGGACAGCCUCUUCGAGGAGGAGGAGGCGCUGCUCAACGCGCACAUGAACGUCAUCCAGGAGAACGCGGAGCUCCUCACGGAGGAGGGCCGCAUGCUCCAGCAGGUCCAGGGCGGCGACGUGCCCGACUACGACAUCGACACCUACGUGUCCCGGCUCCAGGCCAUCCUCGACCGCAAGGCCGAGCAGAUCGCCACGCUCCAGGCGCAGCUCCACAAGUUCGCCAAGAAGCUCCGCGAGGAGGAGGACCAGUCCCAGCGCGUC